UGAAAGCAGAGCUCAAGCGAAAGAAGGUUAGCCAGCAGCGAGUUAAGAAAAUGGCGAUCAUGCAGGACGGAUGCCUCCCCUCUUAGAUGCUGCAAAUGCGUUGAAAUUCUUUUAGCCUUACAGCCGGCUCUCCUUUCCACUCUGUUGCACUUUAUACUUCAAUGAGAGAUUUGGAAUUGGAAGCUGUUGCCACCAAAGAAGCUGAAGCAUCUUACCAGGGAACAUACCCAUAGAGGGAAGAACAGUGGAUGGAAGAGAGAGAGAGACGGAGAGUGUGACGCGGAAGGAGGAUAAGAAGAUACAGGUCUGGUCAAAAGUGCCAGAGCAUAUCAAGUCAAGGCAGAGUCCUAAAUCUAAACCACACCUCCCCUUCCCCCUCCCCACACCUACGCACCCACACCCACACACACGCGCACACACACAAAAGCUCAUACAUACAGUCCUCAGCAAUGCCAAGGGGGCCUGAUCAGCCUGCUGCCCGCUCUGACAAGCCCUGCCUCUUCACCUCAGACCCUUGAGGCUGUGCCCUCUGAGCUUUGACCUUUGACCUCCCCGUUGUCGUCCUGGGAACCAGAGGUCACCUGUUCUCCACUCAACCCGGGGGUGCCCUCCUGACCAGCCAGGAGCCACAUCCACAAGCCCCACUCACAGGCAUGGCUCCCAUUCGGGAUUCCGUCAGCCACUCCCCUAAUCAAACAGGUCUGGAGCAUCCUGUCUUGGACUCGCAGUAUGAGCCUUCCCCCUGGUCCUCUGGCUCUCCCUGCAGCAGUGACAGCAACAGCAACUGGGGCAAAGUCCUAGUGGACGGAAGCACCGACAAACCCAACAACCCUUCUUCAGCUAACUCUUCUGUCUGGCCUCCCUCCUCCUCUUCAUUCUCUUGCUCCUCGUCUUCUUCCUCUUCUGGCUGCGGGUCAGGAUCAGACCCUGAGUUGGCGUCAGAAUGCAUGGACGCAGACUCUAGCUCCUCGAUCGGCUCAGAGAAAAACCUCGCCGCUGUGACAACAGUGAUGAUGAUGUCAGCAAAUGCUUCUUCCUCUGUGUCUUCUACGGCUUCUUCCCCCUCCUCGUCUAUGGUGACUUCUGCCAUGAUGGUCGGCGUUUCAGUGAAUGGAGACAGCAACGGCAACGGUCGUCAAGUAAUUGGUGGCGGGAUCGGAACCAUUGGCGGUGCAAGUAAUGGAAAUAAUAACAUCACCGGGCCCUCCCACUACUCCGUGGCAGGGUCCAGCAGUAUUGGCAGCAAUAACAUGGGUAACCACAACAACAAGCCCGUCAAUAAUAGUGGUGUAUGGGGCACCCAGUCAGGCAACAACAUGGUCACCACCGGCGGAAGCACGCCCUGCAUCAAUGGAGGGUUAAACCCAAACACUUUAAACCCAAAUGCCAACCACGGUGCCUGGCCGCAGAAUCCAACCCCAAGCCCAGUGUCCCAGGGCCAACGUCCUCCACAGGCUCAGGGGAUGAGUUCCAAACUGGGUCUAGCUCCCCAACAGGGUCCCAUGCUGGACUGGGGUAGCAUGGCAGCUCCAAACAACGGCAGUAUGAUGGAAGACACUGAGGUGAAUAAUGGUACAUCAAGCAGCAAGGUGUUAGGAAGCAGCAACAGUGGAAAUGGUGGCCUACAGCCCACCAACCUUAACACUGAAUCAAAUGGACCAAAUAACACUAUGAUGAUGAAUACUACUACUACUACUACUACUAAUGCCACAAUGACCUCUAGUCCACCAAACUCUACAGCCUCACCCCAGCUCAGUGGGGAUUGUUCCUGGGGCUCUAUGGGAGGAGGGAAUGGGGGUCCGCUGGCCAAUGGAAACCCCUCAUCAGCCCCCCAGCACCCCCAAGGAGAGCUGGGAGGUCCUGGGGCCUUCGGUACGCCUUGGGGCGCAACUACCUACCCUGGAGACAAGGGCCACCCAAAUGCAGACACUGUGAACCCCCAAAACCCUGCCUUAAUGCAGGCUGGGAACCCCCAAAUCUCCUCUACUGCUGCUUACAAGAGUAAUAAUAACCACAAUAACACUGGGGCCCCACGCUGGGACCAGGGGCCCACCAAUAACCCAAACCAGCCCCAGAGUAACUUGUCCUGGGGUAUUGGCUCAAAUCAGAUCCCAGGCUCUGCAGGCCAAACACCAGGAAAUGGCAACCAAACUACGAUGGGUCCUCCAGCAGGGAUACCUCGUCCCUGGGGGAGCAGCGCGUCUUCUUCUUCCUCGUCCUCAUCGUCCUCUUCCACAUCUAACAACAAGAUGUCAAAUGGAGAAUGGGGAUCAACAACUCCUGGUAACAACAAUUCGGAUGCUGGAAGUCAUAAAGGAAGCUCUGCCAACAAUGGCUGGAAGAGCCUGGAGGAUGACGCCAUGGGCAUGGGAGGUGGAGGAGGUGGAAGCCAUGCCUUGGGUAGUGUCACUGGAGGCUGGGGGCGCUCUGGAGGAAGCGAGGGAAGUGGAGAGAGUUCUGGCGGCCGAUCCAGCUUAGACAGAGAAGGCAGCCAGCCAAAAGGGGGAAACCGCAGAAAAGGUAACCCCCAUAACCCCCAUUCUGCACCAGUACUGCCAGCUGUGUCCCGGGCCGAUUUGGACCCGAGGGUUCUGUCCAACACUGGAUGGGGACAGACACCCAUACGGCAGAACACCGCCUGGGAUGUCACUUGUACUUCUAACAAUCAGCACCAGGGUCCCAGAGGAGACGAAAGAAAGCACUGUGGCGGAGGCUCCGGCUGGGGCACAACAACACCGGCAGCUCCCUCCCAGACCUCUGGAGGUUGGGGGGGUGGGCCGGGCAGCUCAGGCCCAGGUACAGGAGGAUCUGGCUGGGGAGACCGAACAACCUCUGGGUGGGACAGCAAAGGCCCAGCGAGUGGAGGAGGAGGGCAGAGUGGCUGGGAUGAUGGAUCCAGCUACAAGGGGAGCAGCAACACCAGUAACACCUGGAGCAAUAACAAAGAUGACAGGUCCAAUACAUGGACUAAUGCACCCAAACCGCAGCAGGGGUGGGGUUCCAAUAGUGGAAAUGGAAGUGAAGGCUGGGGUAAUGGUGGAGAUGGUUCCCGACCAGGGGCCAGCAACCACUGGGGGGAGAACCAAAAAGGUGCAGGCUCAGUGGGCUGGGACAGCGACAGCGACCGGUCUGGCUCUGGAUGUUGGAGUGAGCCUAGCCGAACCAACACCAGCAGCAGCAACACCUGGGUAGGGAGUGGAGGAUCAAAUACUCCAGACCAAAGCACUCCAAACCCAAGUUCCAACUGGGGCGACUCAGUCCACAAAUCCAGUCCUCAGAUUAACAGCCAGGGCUGGGGUGAGCCUAUGAAGAACAACCACGGAGCCCAGAACUGGGGUGAGCCGAAUCCCAAGCCCUCCAGCGAGUGGGGAAAAGGUCCUGAAUCCAACACGUCCAGAGGCAAUCAAGGCCCUAACAAGCCCACAGGCUGGCUCGGAGGCCCCAUGCCCACAGUGGGUCAGAAGGAGGAAGUGGCAACUGGGUGGGAAGAGCCUUCUCCAGAGUCCAUUCGUCGGAGGAUGGAGAUCGAUGAUGGGACAGCAGCUUGGGGAGACCCUGGCCAAUACAGCGGUGGAUCUGUCAACAUGUGGAACAGGACUGGCCAAUCAGACCAGGAGGCCGUAGGCCCAUCCUCUCAGCACCAGUCCCAACCACCACAUAACUCGAAGCAUGCGCCUCAGCCCAUGCAGCCUAUUGCCCAGGAAAAAAGCUGCAGUUCUGGUUGGGGUGAGCCUUACCCCCAGAAGGAGUCCUCGACAUGGGGGGAGCCUUCCAGUGCUCCACCUGUGACAGUGGACAACGGGACGUCUGCCUGGGGGAAGCCAAUGGACACCAGCUCCAGCUGGGAUGAACCCAGCAGGGGUGAACCCAGCAGGGGAAGCAGAGAUUCUGGCUCUGGAUGGGGCAGCCAGCAUAAGUCUGCUCCAGGUCCCAAGCCCAUGGAGACAUGGUGUGGUGAGGAGGUGUCCAUGGGCAAUAGCUGGGACCAGGAAGAGGAGGUGGAGAUUGGCAUGUGGAGCAACAGCCAGCAAGACAGCCGGUCCCAUGAACAAAACACCUGGAACUACAAGCAUAAAGGCUCCUACAAGAUGAACAAACCAGUCAAUAAACAGGACGAACCCUGGAUGAAACCCUUCAUCAACCAGUUCAACAGCAUGAACUUCUCUAGAGACUCUUCCGACGACACCAUGAAGACAGGAGCAGGGAUGGUGCAGGACAAGCGCAUGGACAUGGGCAGUAUGGGAGACUUCAAUGGAGUAAUGGGGAAGAACCCUGGGUCUCGACACCAGCUCCACAAGGAGUCUGCCAUGGAUCGCAGCCCUUAUUAUGACAAGAAUGUAAACCCUAUGAUGGGUGGCAGCAGCGUAGCACAGGGCCGAGGCGGCCCCCAGUCCCAGAUCACCCCCCAACCCAACCUUCGUAACCAAGUGCCUCCACCCAUCCUGCCCUCUCAGGUCCCUCCAUCCCUGUUGAAGUACCCAGGCGGUAACGGAGGUCUGAACCCUCUGUUUGGCCCUCAGCAGGUGGCUGUGCUCAACCAACUCAACCAGCUGUCACAGCUCAACCAGCUCAACCAGUUACAGCGUCUCCUCCUUCAACAGCAGCAGCAGCAGCAGCAACAGCAGCAGCAGCAGAAGGCUCAGAGCCAGAGAGUCAUGCCUGUGGGACGACAGACUGAACAGACACGUCCUAUUGGUUCGUCUCCAUCAAUGAUGCAGCCCCCACGGCAUCUGGACCCCUCCCUGCUGAAACAGGCCCCACCCCUCAAACCGUACCUGGAUAACUACUUGUCCCACAAUACCCCUGAGAUGCAGAAGGAUGCUGCUGCUCUUGGAUCCUUCAGCAACUUCCCUUUAAGCUUGAACUCUAACCUGAAUGUAUCCCUGGACAUGGGGGUUGGUGGGGGUAGUAGUGGUGGCGGAGCUGUGAGCUACAAAGAGCCUCCCCAGUCCAAACUGAAGAAACUUUGGGCUGCUGACCCUCUGGAGCAGAACAGCAAAUCUGGUGCUAUGUCAUCUGGGCUGCGUCUGGAGGACCCUCCCUUCUAUGACUUCCUGUCUCCUGGCCCAUCUCCCCUGAGUCCUCCCGGCCAAUCAAUGGGCUCAGUGGGCGACGGCUGGCCACCCCGUGCCAACUCUCCCCCGCCCCAUGGAAACACUGUCACCUGGCCCCCAGAGUUCCGGCCCGGGGAGCCUUGGAAAGGUUACCCCAACAUUGACCCUGAGACUGACCCUUAUGUGACCCCCGGCAGUGUCAUCAACAACCUCUCCAUCAACACCGUCCGCGACACAGACCACCUCAGGGACAGGAACAACGGGCCAUCCUCAUCACUGAACACCACGAUGCCUUCUAACAGUGCCUGGUCAUCCAUUCGUGCCUCCAGCCACAGCGGUUCCCUCACCAGUACAGCACAAAGCACUUCAGCCAGACCCAGUGAGUCAAAGUGGUCUCCAGGUGGCGGUUCUGUGUCCAACUCCUCCCUGGCCCAUGAGCUGUGGAAGGUCCCCCUGCCUUCCAAGGCGCUGUCUGUGGCAGCCCCCUCAAGACCACCACCCGGCCUCACCAGCCAGAAGCCCAGCUCUGCCUCCUCCGGCUGGGACAGCUCUGCCCUGAGGCUGGGAGGGUGGGGCUCCUCUGAGUCUAGAUACACACCUGGUUCCAGCUGGGGCGACAGCAGCAGCUCAGGGAGAACCCAAUGGCUUGUUCUGAAAAAUCUCACACCUCAGAUUGACGGCUCUACCCUGAGGACUUUGUGCAUGCAGCAUGGCCCUCUGAUCACAUUCCACCUCAACCUGCCGCACGGUAAUGCUGUGGUAUGCUACAGCUCCAAGGAUGAGGCCGCCAAGGCCCAGAAGAGCCUGCACAUGUGUGUUUUGGGGAACACUACUAUUCUGGCUGAGUUUGCCAGCGAGGAGGAAAUCAACCGUUUCUUUGCACAAGGGCAGUCAUUGGCCACUCCCUCCUCUGGCUGGCAGGCCAUUGGCUCCUCUCAGAGCAGAAUGGAUCAGUCUCACCCCUUUCCCAGCCGCGCUCCUGAACCGAACCAGUGGAACAGCAGCGAUCUCCACAGCUCCUCCCUCUGGGGUGGGCCCAACUAUUCCAGUAGCCUGUGGGGGAGCCCCAGUGGCACCGAGGCGGGGAGGAUCAGCAGCCCGUCUCCAAUCAGCUCCUUCCUCCCGGUGGAUCACCUGACAGGAGGAGGGGACUCCAUGUGAACCGCCUGCCAAUCAAACAGGCCAGAGGAAGGGUCAGUAGAGAAUUAUCAAUAAUCAGCAGAAGAAAAUGAAAAAAAAAAGUAGUUAUAAACGCAAUGGCACUAGUUGGACUCUUUCUCACUUACAAGAUAUUCAACAAAACGGGGUCUCCCCUGUGGAAAACAAGUUACGUUUCUCUCUCUGCACAUAUGUCCACUUUGUUUUAGCCCAAAAACAUAUCAGUCGGAAUACUUGAAUCAUGCAGGCCAAUUCUAUAAUGUGAACGGAUGGAUAUUUGCUUCCAGGUAGUGCUCUUUCAGACCGAAAAAAGCUUCAAUCGAGCUCAUUAUUAUAUAUAUAUAUUUUUUGUUUCAUUUGUCAUGUUUAUUUGAAUUCCAAUUCUUUUCAUUUUUAACGUUUUCUUUUUGUUUUCUUUUUUUUUUUUUUGCAUUUGUUUGCUGACAAUGUUGGAGUAUGAGCUUUUUUAACUUUGCACUGAAUGUGGUUUUUUCUCAGUAUAUAUAAUCUGCAAUAUAGAGGGAGCAGCCAGUUUUUCCAGUGUAGCUGUUUACUCAUUGAGGUCCUUACCGUAUGUGUGUAUGCGUGUGCACGCGCACAUGUGUGUGCAAGUACUUUGUGUAUAUGUGUGAUUGCGUGUGUGGAUGAGUAUGUGUGCGCUCCUCUCUGCCUUGGCACGCCUACCUUACUGCGUUGUCGUGGAGUUCAAGAUCAACAGAUAGUUAAAGAAGAAUAAAAGCUGACUUAGGAGGAUUAUCUGGUGAUAGUAAAAGUGACAUUAAAAAGUAUUGCACCAAUUUUGUUUGAAAACUAAAGAACGUUGAGCUCUGCAGUGCAAAGGACUGUAGCCGCAGCUGGGACUAGCAAGCCCCGCCUGCCCUAAUAUAGGAGGCGGGGCCUAUCUAGCAAGCCCUCCCAUUGGCCCCCUCGUGGGCCUGGGGGAAGGAACAGCACUUUCAGAAUAGGCUUUCAAUGUUUUGGAGGUGCCACACUGCAACCUCUUGUUUACAAGACUUAGGAGGCGGAACGUGUGUUCAUUCUUCAUUUUAAAGAGAAGAUGGAAUAAAAUAGAAAAUACUCAAAAAAAAAAUAAAAAUGAUUUUAAAAAAAUUUAAAAAUGUAUAAAACAAAUAGAAAAACAACAAAAAAUUUAAACUCUUAUUGAGGAUGAAGACGAUGCUUUGUAACUCUGGGAAUUCGGAUCAGUGUUUUUGGCCAUGGCGUUGGUUAUUUGAACUAUUCCUCUUUGUCUGCUAAAUAACCAGCAAUGGUUCUCAGGAAAUCAAGCCAGUUUUCCCCCCCUGUAGGUGAAUUAAAAAAAAACUACUACUCCUUGUAGGAAAGGAAAAUCCAACUUCUAGCACUGAAACUAUGUAUAGGUCUGUAAGUUUUUUUUUUCUCUGCCAAAUAACUGCUUUAAGCUGGAGAAGCUCAACACACUGCUUUCAAUAUGCUGUCUUUUGGGGGGGGGGGGGGGGGUUCCUAAUGUGGGGAGGUGGAGGAUGGGCUGUAGAAAUCCCAGCAUCCCUCUCUCCUCCUCUUCCUCCUCUCCUCCAGUCCUCCACUCCACUGAUGUAAAAAUCAAAAGUGGGGAGUGUUUCUUGUGUGGAUGUGUGACUGUCAGUGGAAAGAUGUUCUGUCUUGUCAGACUUAUAAACCAAGAGAAAGGCGAAUCUGUAUCUAUGCAUACUGUAGCCUCUCACAUGGCCUACCGAGAGGCGUUUUUUUUUUUUCUUUUUCUUUUUUUCCCGUGUCUCAAAAUGUUUUAAAUGUCUCUAAGUACAACAAAAAUGCGAAAUAUUAACUUGCUUUUUUUAUUUUUAAUCACUCUCAUUGCCACAAAUGGUGUUUUGAAAAAAGGAAAGAAGAAAAACUUUUAAAAUCUUGUUUUGGUUGAAGUUGACUAUUUUAACAGUGCAAAAGUCGUCCACAUUUCAUUGCCUUGAUCCUAAUUGUGUCCGAAGAUGCAACAACAAGUCAAGUGGCUUCUACCUGUUUACAAAUAGAAUAUGAUUGUAUUGUUGUACUGUUUGUUUGUUUGGUUUUUUUUCCUUUGGGUGGGGUGGGGGUACCCUUCUGAAGUUCCUGACCGGAUGAAUCGUGUGUGUUGUGUGUGUGAGGAUGCUCUGUACCGGCAGAUGUGAGCUCCUCCGCCGAGGGGAAGCUGUUGGGUUACGGGAGGGGGGGAGGGGGGAGUCGUGGUUGUGUGAAUGUAAAUCCACCAGUGGUGUUUGUCGACAAAGUACUCGUGUGAAUAACCGAUUCACCUACCUACCAGUGAUUGUUUAGUUACUAUGAUGCACAAUAUCCGGGGAAAAACAAAAGCUUCAGAGAGAGUGUGAACGAGAAGUCAGCAUUAGCGAAGCCAUGGACCUUAAUUUCUUUUCUUCAUUGUGUAAUUAUUCUUUGUUAAGCCUGUUGAGCUUGUGUGUGUGUGUGUGUGUGUGUGUGUGUGUGUGUGUGUGUGUGUGUGUGUGUGUGUGUGUGUGUGUGUGUGUGUGUGUGUGUGUGUGUGUGUGUGUGUGUGUGUGUGUGUGUGUGUGUGUUUUCCCCCCUCCGAUAUAGGUUUUAAUUUCAGAAGUACUCGAAACGUUGGCUUUAGUUGUGUUUUUCAGUUUAGCCGUGAAUAUUUAACACUUUCAAAGCAUACGUAGUGAGACAGAACCUUGAGUAUUAGCCAGACUUGACAGUGGUGUGUGCCAGUAUUGAACUGCUCUCUACCAAAUAAUUCAAAACAUUAGUUUACUUAAUUCCAGAUCUCUUUGCUUAAACGAUAUAUAUCUAUCUCUUAUUUGUAUUUGGUUUUUUUUGUCUUGUUUAACAAAUGUUAUCGAGUGGAACAUCUGAACCAUGUUUGUCAUUUGUUUGUGAGUUAACUUAAUUUGACAAAUUGAACUGAGGAGCGUUGGAUUUUGCACUUGGGUGGAUUAGAGGAAAGGCCGAGCGAGCGGAGGGCAAAGCCGAGACGGACAGCUUGCUGGUGAUUACGGCGCUGUAGUUUGGAUUUUCAGCUCUGUCUGAGGGAGAAGGUGUAUCUGUGAGAGUACUGUGACAGGGUAAAGCUUGUGUGUGUGUGUGGCUGCAUGUUGUCAACCUGAGUGGAAGUCGUGUGUGUGUGUGUGUUUGCUGAGACUAGAGAAGAUGGUGCUUUGUUGGCCCCAGUGAGGGAGCGACAGAAGAGGGAGGAGGAUGUCGUCGUCCUCCUCUCCAGGUUUACCUCUCUCUGUUCACUGGGCCGGCUGGUCAGAGCGGCGACGUCGCCUCGCCGCCUGAGCUGAGCCAGAAUGUAGCUGAAAACGGUUUAAAGCAUAAGCGACGGCUGGAGCCUCGAUCUGCCUUCUCUGGCGCCCGAUCAGCCUCAAACGUGGAAACACAGCACGGAAAAAAAAUCAAGUAAAGCGACCACUGCUCGUCGUGUUUGUAUCUGAAUAAGUAUUCGACUACUGUUGUGGCCACGCCUGGAUGUCAUGUGACCCUUUGGUGGCUGUUGCCGUGGAGUUGCUCGUGUCUGUAGCUUGACUGAAACGAGGCGAGGCUUCUUGUUGGCCCGUAGUGACUCAGGCGAGGGGAUGUGACUUGUGAUCGGCUGGUUCUUCCUGGCUUUUUCAGGGACACGGAGUUACACUUGCCUCUUUGCUGGCUUAUCCAGGAUCAGCUCUCCCUCUCCAACUCCUAAGAUUAACUAGAGGAGAGGAAACGCAAAACUGACAGGAGGUCCGGAGCAAGUGAACUCUAAAUAGUCUAGAUUCCCUUUCCGCUCUUGCUGAAAUUAUUUUACACUUCGUUCAUUCUGAUUUUUGUCGAUGCUUCUCUUCCAGCGCUGAUUCGGGGGCAGCUUUGUUCCCUCCUCAGUAUCUUUACCCCAACCAUUAGCGGGACAGUAACUGACCCCUGAUCAGCAGCUCAGGAGGCAGCGUUGCUCUGCUGUUAGAGAAGGGACAAGCGACAGCUGUAAAACGCCUCUCAUCAGUGUUGAUGUUACUGUUUUGGUUUCCAGCUUAAUCUGGCUUUGUUUCUGUCUUGUCCAAUCUGCUGUUUGUGUAUGUAUGUGUAUGUGUGUGUGUGUGUGUGUGUGUUAGUUUGGUGGGAAGAUGCAAAAACCCCGUCUCGUACUGUGUGUGUGUGUGUUUGAACACAUUAUCAUGCCAAAUCGAGGAGGGAGGGUGAGAGGGAAGGAAAGGGAUUGUUUUGUUUUUUGUUGUGUGUGUGUGUUUAAAAAGCUGGACAAUGUUAAAUGCUUGAAGAGAAAAAUGUCAUUUGCAAGAGGAUGAUGUGAGGAAAACCUUUUCAGUAAGUGAAAACCACCACGAGCAAUGUACAAUCCCCAGGGCUGCCAAGCAGCUUCCCGACAGGGCCAGACGAGGGGAGGGAAGGAAGGAAGGAAGGAAGGAAGGAAAGAGGGUAGGAGAGGAGGGAAGCUGGCUGGUGAUACUCUACUACUUUUUAAUGUUUAAGAAAAAAUAAUGUGACUCUUUGUUUUUCUCUUGACUUAACUAUCCUGUGAGCAAAUGCUAUAUUAUAUCAUAACACACACCCAACGGCUUCUAAUGUCGAUCAAAAGAGCUAAGGCUAUUUUGACACAAAAAAACAACAAAAAAACACAAAAAAACAAACAAAAGAAAAAACAAAAACUGUGAGAAUCUGCUGUCUUUUUUGUCAUUUUACAUUUAGUAUGAAUACACACAAACAAACCCUGAAAAGCUUUAGUCUAACCAGCACAAAGAUGUG